AUGAGCAGAAGAUUGAAACUACCAAAUUCAUUUUCAUCAGAUGAUUCUAAACAAACCAAUAUAAAUAGUUUCUUUGUUAAGAAAUCUACAACUUCACAGACCAAGGAUGAUUCUACAACCAAGACAAUAACAAAUAAUGAUGAUGCUGAUGAUGACUUCAAAGAUGAUAGUAAAACAAAAUCAACUGCAACCACUGCUACCUCUACUACUACUACUAGUAGUAAUAGAUCAAUAAAGAAUAGCAUGGAUUUAGAUACAAAGAAAGCGCCACAAAAGAAAAAGAAUGAAACAACUACAGUUCUGCCCCAGAACAACAGCAACAACAACAACAACAACAACAAGAUACAAAGUCCAGAUCAACGAGUAUCAAGUACUGGUAGAAAGAUAGUUCAGAAAGCAGUCAUCGAUUUCAAUGCAUUGGAUGAGAGUAGUAGUGACGAUGAUGACGAUAGUGACAUAGUUAUAGAUGGAGAAGAGGAUGAAGAAGACAGUAAAAGUAAAAAGAAGAGUACAACCACUACGACUACUACUACAAUAAAAACACCAACAAUAAAGAAGCUAACACCAAAGAAGUCAACAACAAAAACAACAUCUCCACAAAACAAAACUCUUGGUAACAAAAGAAAGAAGAUAGAAUCGGAUGAUGACUACGAACCAGAGGUGGAAGAGGAGGAAUCAGAUGAUGAUUACAUUCCAGAUGAUAAUGAGGGAUCUGAUGACGAUUUCGAGUCGAUGGAAGAUGAAGACGAUGACUAUAAAUCAACAAAGAAUAAGAGUAAGAGUAAUAAUAACAAGAAGAGUAGUAGCAGUAAUAGUAAGAGUAGCAGUAAGAGCAAGAGUAGUAGUAGUAAAGGAAAAUCAAAAGAAGAAAAAGAAGAGAAUGGUGAUGAUGAAAUGCCAGAUAUUGAUGUUGGUGAUUUGAAUAAUAGUAAAGUAGAGCUUAGUCAGAGCGAUAGAGUGUUGGCCGACGGAAGAGUGGUGUUGCCUGCUGGAACACCUGUUUACCAACGUGACCUCGCAGCCGGACGCAAACUUGUCAAGGCAAUGGUGACCUAUGAAGCACAGAAACUAGCUGCUUUGAAAUUGAGUGGUAAAGGUGAUGGUGAAGAGGGUGAAGGUGCUGCUCCAUCCGACGAAGAAGAUGAAGACGAUAAGAAAGGAAAAGGUGCAAAGGGUGGAAAAGCUGGAAACAAUACCAAAGCUGGAAAAGCUGGAAGCAAUAAUAAUAAGAUAAAGUAUACACCUUUGGAGCAGCAGGUCAUUGAAAUCAAGAAACAAUAUCCCGAUACGGUGUUGAUGGUGGAAUGUGGAUAUAAAUUCAAAUUCUUUGGUAACGAUGCAGAGAUCGCUACGCGGGUGCUGAACAUCUACUCGUAUGUCGCCAAGAACUUCUUGAAUGCCAGUGUACCGGUGCAGCGACUCUACUUCCACUUGCGACGACUGGUGUACGCCGGCUACAAAGUGGGUGUCGUCGAGCAGAUCGAAACGGCAGCAUUGAAAGCGGUGUCAUCUUCCAAGUCACAGCCAUUCGAGAGGAAACUCACUCGAUUGUAUACUGCAUCGACUUUUAUCGACGAUAUCGAUAUCAAUGAGAACGACCCGGUCAAUAUAUCACCCAAUUACUUGGUAUCGUUCACCGAGCAAUACAAAACAGAAGAUCUAACUGAAAUUUCUUUUGUUGCUGUUUCAAUUAGUACUGGUGAGAUUAUUUGUGAUACUUUUAAAGAUGAUGUAUUAAGAACACAUCUAGAGACAAGAUUAACACAUUUGAAACCAACAGAAGUAUUGUUACCACCUGAAAGAACAAUAGAGAAACAACAACAAGAUACAACAACAACAACAGUUGUUUCACCACCUUAUUUAUAUCUUUCAAAUUUAACAAAAAAGUGUAUUAAAACAUAUUGUAAAUUAAAUAAUGUAAGAGUUCAAACAAUGACCGAAGAACUGUAUGACUAUGAUCGUGCAUUAAGUUCAUUGGUUGAAUUCUACGAGGCUGACAAGUCGACUGCCAACACUCUCUCCAGUGUCAUGAUGCUACCAAAAGCACAAGUCAUAUGUUUAAAUAUACAAUUAAGUUAUCUGAAAGAAUUCAUUCAAUUUACUUCAUUAUUAAAAGUAUCGACCAAUUUCAAGACAUUCACUCUACAGAAUCAUCUUAUUCUUCCACAUUCAACUAUUGAGAACCUGGAGAUUCUCAAGAACGAAUGGGACAAGUCUGAGAAAGGUUCUUUGUUCUGGGUAUUGAAUCAAACUCAAACCAUUGCCGGUAGAAGAUUAAUUGUAGAAUGGUUAUGUAAACCAUUGAUGAAAUUAGAAUUGAUUAAAGAAAGACAAGAUGCAGUCAAUGAAUUGAUUACAUCGACAAAGACAACAUCACACAACUUGAUAUCUACUUUUCUCAAAGGUUCCAUUCCCGAUCUACAAAGAAAUCUAUCAAAGAUCUAUUAUCAAUCACAAUGUUUACCAAAAGAUUUCCUAAGUACAAUGAAAUCAUUCCAAAAGUUAGAUCAAUUGUUUAAAGAAGUAUCUGGUCUAAAAGAAUUGAAAUCGAAAUUGUUGAAUGAUAUCUUUACGAAUGAGCAAUCAAAUACAAAGUUCAAUGAGAGAUUACAAUUCUAUUUAUCAUCUAUCGAUCACACCGCUGCCUCUAAAGAUGAAAAAGAGAAUCUAUGGUCACAUUCAAAUAUAUAUCCAUUAAUUGUUGAAACACAAGAGAAAAUUAAAACAGUUCAAGAAGAAUUAUCAGAUCAUUUAAGAAAGAUAAGAAAAGAUCUUGGUAAACCUACAUUAGAAUAUUUACAUCAACCAAAGAAUAACUUGGAGUACUUGAUAGAGUUACCUAUUAACUUUAAAUCGGUGCCAAAAGAUUGGUUGAAAGUGAAUGCUACUCAAAAGCUUGCGAGAUAUCAUGUGCCUGCUGUCGUCACCACUCUGAAGCUGCUACAACAAAACCGAGAGCUGCUAACAAUCCGUGCUAAAGAGUCUUGGCUUGACUUUCUCAGUAAGUUCUCAGAGGACUACAGCUUGUUCUCCAAUGUCAUUAGUAAACUGGCGAAUCUAGACUGUCUGUACUCGCUGUCGGUCGUCGGUAAGCAAGCUGGUUAUGUACGUCCAGAGUUCACUGAGAACAGUGGCAUCGAGAUAGUGAAUGGUCGUCACCCAAUUGUCGAGCAUCUCCUACAAGGCGAACAAUACGUUCCAAACUCGGUGCGUUUAUCGCCCGACGCCGAAAGAGCGAUGAUUAUAACCGGACCAAACAUGGGUGGAAAGAGUAGUUUCAUCCGACAGACUUCGCUCAUUGUUAUCAUGGCGCAGAUCGGCUCGAACGUCCCCGCCGCCAGCUGUCGUCUUGGCGUUGUCGAUGCCAUCUACACACGUAUGGGCGCACACGACAACAUUGAGAAAGGCAGCUCCACCUUCUUCGUUGAACUCCAAGAGACAUCGGCGAUAUUGCAACAGGCGACUCCGAGAUCGCUGGUGAUUCUCGACGAACUCGGUCGUGGAACUUCAACACACGACGGUGUCGCCAUUGCCUACUCAUCGCUGCGCUACAUCAUCGAGAAGAAGCAAUGUUUCUGUCUUUUCGUCACGCAUUACCCUCUGUUGGCCGAGUUGGAGAAUCAAUACCCAACCACCGUUGCCAACUAUCACAUGGGAUUCAUCGAGCAGAAACAAGAGGAUUACACUCCUGCCAUUCCCAAGGUAAUAUUCCUCUAUCAAGUAACCAAAGGUGCUGCCAAAAACAGUUACGGAUUGAAUGUCGCUAGAAUCGCUGACUUACCAAAGAGUGUACUAAUGAUAUCAUCUGCAAAAUCUGAUGAACUCAAACAUUCUAUCACCAACAAAGUAUUUAAUAAUAAUAAUAACAAUGAUGACAACAACAACAACAACGAUGGUGAAGAUGAUAAUAACAACAACAAUAAUGAUAAAACAACUGAUCAUGAUAGGUCGACAAUGACACAACUAAAGAAACUGCUAAAAGAUCUAUCAAUUCCAACCAAUGAUAAACAUUCAAUUUAUAAAGAAAUCAUCAAUUUAAAAUCAUCGAUAGAAAUAAAAAAAUAA